UGUAAUGACGCCGGUGACCGAGGGGUGAAGAAGAUGGCCGUGACGUCAGUCGCGGCAAUGGUGGCGGAGACGACGACAUUCCCGAUCGAUCUUCUCAAAACUCGCCUCCAGCUCCACGGCGAGUCCGUUCGGUCUGUCCGUCCAGCGUCGUCGUUCAGGAUCGCGCUCGACAUAGCUCGGAAUGAUGGCCUUUUUGGAAUGUAUAGAGGCCUGUCUCCCGCUGUUUUUGUUCUUAUGUUCUACACUCGUACUCGAAUUGUCGGCUACGAGCAUAUUCGCAACAAAUUUUUGCGAUCGUCUGAUCGUUCUCUCCCCCUUUACGGCAAAGCAGUAAUCGGUGGGAUUUCUGGAGCUAUUGCUCAGGUCAUUGCUAGCCCUGCGGAUCUCAUCAAAGUAAGGAUGCAAGCAGAUGGCCUUAUUUCGAGUCAGGGACUCCAGCCCCGAUAUGCAGGGCUUUUUGAUGCCCUAAACAGGAUUAUUCAUGCUGAAGGAAUAUUAUGCCUCUUGAAAGGUGUUUCUGCAAAUGUACAAAGAGCAUUUUUAGUAAACAUGGGAGAAUUAGCUUGUUAUGAUCAUGCCAAACGGUUCAUAAUAAAAAACCAGAUAUGUGAUGACGAUAUUUAUGCUCACACUCUAUCUUCCAUAAUGUCCGGCCUUUUAGCCACUACUUUAAGCUGUCCUGCAGAUGUGGUUAAGACUAGAAUGAUGAAUCAGUCUGCUUCAGUAGAAGACAAGAUAAAGUAUAGAAAUUCCUACGAUUGCCUUGUGAAAACCGUAAAGGUUGAGGGAUUGAGGGCAUUGUGGAAGGGAUUCCUCCCAACAUGGGCUAGGCUUGGACCUUGGCAGUUUGUAUUCUGGGUCUCUUAUGAGAAGUUCCGACAGAUUUCUGGGUUACAAUCCUUCUAACUUAGUCCUGAGGUGGAUUUUUUCAAUGUUUGUACCCUUUUCCUCUUAAUUUUUAUGAUGAUUUAGUCAAGGACUGAAUCCCGCAUGGUUUUGUAGUUUCUGCUCGAGGCAUUAGCUCCUAUCAUUCUGGCCAAAUGGCCAUAAUUUUUUAUCUUCUGGAUUCAGUACAUGUACAUAUAGCUACUAUGUGCAGCUGACAGAUAUAAGAGACUAUACGUGAUUCAGAAUUCAUUCUUAUAAUUCAAUUUAUCUGGAACUGUGAAAUCUUAAAUGCUUUACUUGUUGGCUAUACCGGAAAUUACUUGUAGCCUGAACAAACUAAGCUCAUUUGAAGAAAAAUUCUCGAGUGCAUCACUGCAUCGUUACCAGUAAGGUAUUGGUCAUCUACAUUUAUGCAGAGUAUUUGUUCUUAAUUAUUUUACUGGCUCUGUCAAUACCUUUUGUUCAGUGUGUGUUACUUUUUAUACUUUUUUACAGCAGGAUUGGAGAUGAUUAUUUUGUUGCUGCUACUUGAAUCAUGCAUAUGUACUUGGUUUUUACUUGCUCUAUACUUGUAAGAACGUAUAGGCAGGUUUGGGAAUGAUUAGCCACAUGCAAAGGAACGAUUUCUUAUGCUUUGGAUAGUUUGAGGAAAAAGGAUAGUCGACUCUCCAACUGUGUCUGUCCCAUGCUUUAAUUUUGUUUGUAGGCCUUUUUGACUUAAUAUUAGCCGCCACAUCAUUAUGUUUUUAUUUUUCUAGGAGAAUUAUUCUGUAAUGGAAGUGGUGUAAACUAGAUGAGGACCUACUGAGAUUAUUACUGCUACACAAUUUAUAUUUAUCUGAUGAUCUGAUCCUACUUUUAAUUGGAGUUAGCAUGUUUCAAAUGUGGACUAAAAGAUAUGUUAACAAGCUUUAUCUGUGACUGUAAGGAAUUUGAAGUUGGAUGGUCUGAUUCUGAUAUGCCAGGAGUGUGUGUCUGCUUGUGUGGUUUGUUUAUUUACAGAUGGUAGUUUUAUGAUGACAUUCAUACCAGGAACGCUCGAUAUUAGGGGAGCGCGUCCAGUUGGUUAAGGAGGGAAGGAAUGAGCAACCAAUUUGAUGUAAGUUGUUAAUAUUCUUGGAUUUGGUAUGGCUGCAGUUAAGGCUAUCGAGUUGUGUGCCUCACAAUGGCAGAGUCUGUGGAGGUCAUUACUGAGAAUAUUGAUGACUGUGGCGCCACCUCUCCUUACUGCUAAUGACUUCUCAUACGCUCCCUCUCUCUAGCUUUCUUUUUUUGCCUGAAAACAUUCUACUACUGUGGUCACACCAUGCCUCUUUUCAUUUUGUCAACAGCCCUCAAAUUUCUCAAGCCUUGUCAUUAGCGACCAAUUAUUUCUACUACUACUUUCAAGUGUUGGCUUUUUUUCAUCUUUUUUAGAGAAAGCCUACAUGCAAAUAUUUGCUUGUCGAUAGACACAUGAAAUUAACGGUUAGUAUGUGUUCGUAAAUAAAAGGUUAGUAUGUGUUUUAUGUAAUUAUUCUUAAUUAAUUCAUAGUGUUUCACUA